CUCUUUCCAUCUGCCUGACGAAGGCAGCAUUUUUGCCGACAAUGGAAGUUAUUCAUACUGAGCAUGCAGUCGCGGACGUCGUGCGGCUGAUGUCUACUACAGAGGGUCGCACGAAGGUGUACCGUCUGUUGCAAUAUGCUUCGAAAGCUUUGCAACUUACGCUCCACCGCGGGUUUCAUGUCAACCCGGACUCAAGCGAGAGCAUCCGCAUGUUCAAGGUGCUUGAAUCUCUCAUGGGAACUUGCCGCAAAGCCAUGCGACUCUUUAGGUUCAUUGAUAUGUGGAUGCUCUUUCCUACUGUCAAGGACAAGAGUUCGGUGACGCGAUUCCUCCGAAAAGCUCGAAUCCUCACGUUUGUGUGCAUGUACCUGUUCGAGAACAUCUCGUUAUUCUUCCCCUCAACCCACGUGACAGUCGACGAAGGACAAGGCAAGCGAAGGACGGUCCUCACCGUUCGGUGGAGUCGGUGGUGCCACGUGUGCUGGUUUGCCUCGCUUGUGCUUGGCAUUACCCUCGACAUGCGUCUCGGUCGUCAAAUAUCCACCUUUGCCAAGCUGAAGAACGUCAUGGAUCUUCCCAUUGCACUCAUACUGGCACUGCGUGUGCGAGUGGACGAUGCUCUUCUCUGCGGUUUAAGUCUCUCAAGUGCACUUUUGGGGGUGCAACUCCAGUGGACCGGGCGCCCAUCGCUCAUCACAAUCAAGUCGUUGGAUAGCGCCGAGUAGCGAAGUCUUCGUGUCAAGGAAUGGGCGCGGAGACCAUGUAUUUAAUGGAUGCACACUGCUGGUUGAGCCAUUCCAUGGUGCAAUGGGCAUGUGAACACAUGAGUCUACCUUAUUGAAUGGACGAACGACAUGUGAUGCUAGACUGGGGGGAGACCCAUUGCUUCUCGAAGCUCCAUGAUUUGCUUGCGCUGGGCAAAGGGCAGACCUUGGAUAACUUCUGGCGCGAGGUUUUGCACUUCCUCCAGCAGUUUCUGAUGUUCAGGGUCAAGGUUAAGUCCUUUCGACGCGUUCUCUUGUCGCACAGCCGAUGGUGCGUCGUCUCGGUUCAUAUUCAGUCGGAGUUGGAUCUGGGCCAAAGCUCGGGCAAACUCGACGUGUUCAUUCAGCAUUUGCGCCGCUUCUUCCGGCUUGACUUCGCAGAACGUCUUCAUGUGAUACAUUAGCUCGUACACAUCGGCCUCACUCAUCUCUUCGACGGCCUGGGCGAACACAGGUGCCGACAUCUUUGCAUUCGGCGUCUCCAUGUCGUCCAAGCCACUUGAAC